GGGCGGUGGCAGCGGCAAUCAGUAAGAAAAAAUAAUCGCUCGAGUAUACAACUCAUAUUACAGUGUUUACAAAACAUUUUCUCUUCGCGUCUACGGUGAAUAAUAACUACAAGCAUCAUCAUGUCGUUGAUACCAAUGCUGUUCUCAAACUGGUGGGAUGAAUUGGAUCGUCCACAUCGAAUUUCUGACCAACAUUUUGGACUGCCAUUGUCGACGGAUUUGAUACGAUCAGCGAUUGCACCGGAGCCUGAAGUUCUCGUUAUAAGACCAAGUGUAGGGCGACGUCUUCACCAUUACCAUCCGUAUGAGAAAAGUUUGAUGCAUCGUCGUUCUGGCGGUACCUCAACUGUACGAGCCGACAAAGACAAAUUUCUAGUUAGUCUUGACGUUCAACAAUUCUCACCGGAGGAAGUGAGUGUCAAAGUCGUAGAUCGUAACGUCAUCAUCGAGGGCAAACACGAGGAGAAACAAGACGAACAUGGCUGGAUAUCUCGUCAAUUCGUUCGCAAAUAUCUCGUGCCCGAACAGUGUGACAUCGAUCAACUGAAGUCGUCUCUCUCUUCGGAUGGUGUCCUCAGUAUCGAAGCUCCGAGGAAACAUGAUCCAAAGGAUAAAAAGGAACGGGUUAUUCAGAUCGAGAAUACCGGACAGCCGGCUAUCCAAGAUGGCGACGCACCGAAAACCGUUGAAACACAGAAGACUACUACCAGAGCCCAGGAAAAAGCGUCCAAAAAUGUAAAGGCUGCGUAAUUCAUGAAUGUUCCUUUACUUAGCAUUCUAAGCGUCACCUGUUUUCAUCUUUUUCAUACGUUCCUUUUUUUUUUUUAUCUUAUUUGUCUCUUGUGUUCAAUUUCCUUAUCACAUAAGUACCAUUAUAUGAGAGAGAAGCUGAAAAGUCUAAUUUUUCUAAGGAAAAAAUUGCUUUUUUUUUCUAAUGUAAGAGAAAAAGAAUUCAAGACUGUAAAAACUGUACAAAUUCCAUCUUUUCACAGAUAGAAAUGUAUCUUUGUCAUCUGAUGAUAUUACUGAAUAUUAUUCCCAGCGUUCCCCAUCUUCUGUAAUACUAUUUCAUUUCGUCGUAUUUUAAGUGAAAACUACAUAAAAUGUAAAUUCUUGAAUAAUGUAAACAUAUAAUAAAAAUUGACUGUUUUUUUCACAAUAAAUGGAUGAAAUAAAUUAAA